AAGCCAACUGCUAACUAGACUUCUCCUUAGUCCCGUAUAAGAAACUCCCGAAGGCGCAUCUCUCUCUCUCUGUUUUUGUGUGUUGCGGGAGUCGCUAUUAAUGGCGUCGAGUAGUGACAACAACAACAAGAAGGCGUCCAGUAACGGAGCAGGCAGAAUCCGUACCCUAUCCGAUCUGAACCGCCCUUCCGCUGAUUUCGACGCCGACCCCGAUGCUCCUCAGGAGUAUUACACUGGCGGCGAGAAAAGUGGAAUGCUUGUUCAGGAUCCUACGAAGGGAAAUGAUGUGGAUGCAAUUUUCAAUCAGGCAAGGCAACUGGGAGCUGUAGAAAGGCCUCUUGAUCAACUGCAGGAACCUCCAAGGUCAACUAGCUUUACUGGCACUGGCAGGUUACUCUCAGGCGAAACUGUACGAGCUGCUUCUCAGCAACCUCCCGAGGCUGUUGUUCACAACAUUGUUUUUUGGAGUAAUGGUUUCACCGUAAAUGGUGGACCUUUGAGGAGUUUGGACGAUCCUGAAAAUGCCUCAUUUUUAGAGAGCAUAAAGAAAUCUGAGUGUCCAAGAGAGCUUGAACCUGCUGAUAGGAGGUCAUCAGUUAACGUUAACCUCAUAAGGAGGAACGAGAAGUAUCCUGAACCAGAAAAGCACUAUGUUCCAUUUCAAGGGGCGGGAAGAACUCUGGGAAGCAGCUCUACUUCGGCCACACCUGAGGCAACCGUCACAGCAACAACUUCCAACGCUGCUCCAGCCUCUUCAGCCAGCCUGGUAGUCGAUCAGUCAUUGCCAUCAACUUCAAUACAACUUAGGUUAGCUGAUGGAACCCGCUUAAUAUCAAAUUUUAAUUACCAUCACACAAUCAGCGACAUCCGUGGCUUCAUCGAUGCAUCUAGACCCGGGGGACAGCAGAAUUAUCAACUUCAAAUGAUGGGUUUCCCUCCAAAGGUUCUAGCUGACGAAACUCAGACAAUAGAGCAGGCCGGACUUGCAAAUUCAGUUGUCAUCCAGAAAUUCUAGCAGCUGCGAUGAAGUGAACUAUUUCUAUUGAGGGUUAUUGACAAAAGCAAAAAGGGAGAGGGGAUAUUAUGAUUUUGCUGCUCAAAUGGAUUAGCCUUGGACCUAAUUCUAUUGUUAGACCAGGAUGUCAUGGUUGAUAUAUUAUGUCAUUGUACUCGUUGGUCCAAAUGACAUUGAUAGCACAAACACUUGAAAUGCAGGAUUAUACGCUACAUUACUACAACUAUUGUUAAUUACUGCUAUAUAUCAUUUAAGUAAAAACUGGCCUGAGACAUUUUUUUGUUUA